UCCUUUUGUUUACUUGGUGGGGAAGAGGCGGGGUUAGCGUUGCCUCUGCUGAGGGACUCGGUCAGCUGAGGGGAGGCGGAAUUCGCUUCUCCCUUCGAGUUACUUCCCUCAAGCGAGCCCUUGAAGCAGGUUUUUCAAAACACUGAAAUAUGUCUGGAUUCCUUGAGAACAUGAGGUGCUCUGAGUGUGUUGACUGGGGAGAAAAACGAAAUACAAUAGCUUCUAUUGGUGCUGGAGUGCUGUUUUUUACAGGCUGGUGGAUUAUCAUAGAUGCAGCUGUUAAAUACCCAGAUUCGAAACAGUUCAACCAUUCAUACCACGCUUGUGGAGUUAUAGCUACAGUUGCAUUCCUAAUGAUCAAUGCAGUAUCCAAUGGACAAGUGCGUGGGGAUAGUUACAGUGAAGGCUGCCUUGGGCAAACAGGUGCUCGCAUCUGGCUGUUCAUCGGUUUUAUGUUGGCGUUUGGAUCUCUGAUUGCAUCUAUGUGGGUCCUCUUCGGAGGCUAUGUUAUUAACGACAAACCAGAAAAACCAGCAGUGUACCCAGGAAUAGCAGUCUUCUUCCAAAAUGCUUUUAUCUUUUUUGGAGGUCUGGUCUUUAAGUUUGGUCGCACUGAAGAUUUGUGGCAAUGAUUGACCUAGAGCAUCUGUCCCGCUAUUUUUAAUCGCCUACUCCCAUUUUGUAAUACUUAUGCUCUGGUAUCAGUGAAGAUGAAAAUUCUACACUUUAAAAAUCAUGAAACAUUUCCAUUUCCCCCCAUUAUAUUGAGACUGUUUUCUUCUCUCAGCUUUUGACAUUAAAUAUUGUAGCAUGUGACUAAAAUAUAAAACUGAGAAGGAAGAGAGAACAUAUGAAGUCCUUUUACUGAAUGUUUUUGUUAUAAAUGAAUAUUAAAUACUAUAAAUGUUUCUUUUACAGCUCUUUUUAUAUGUGGUAUGUCUUCACAGUAGAACUGCUAUUUUUGAAUAUGGAAAUAUGUGACUAACAGUGUAUGUGGAAGGUUUUUAAAUGAAAAUGUUAAUUCUGUGCAUUAAAAUGUAAUAGAGGGA